AUGGAUUUACAGCCGCCCUCAGUGCUGGCUCAAUUGCCUCGCCCUUUGCAUGCAUCUACUGGUAAAACCCAGGUCGGUGAAGUGUAUAGCUUGGCCGAAUCGAAGAAGCGAAAAAGAUAUGAGGUCGUUGUUGCGGUCGAUGGGGAGGCUGUGAACAUCUACAAUAUACAAACCCCCAAGCUCGUUACCUCAUAUGCUGUCCCACCGCAAUCCUCAUUCUCCUGUCGGCCAUGCUCAGUGCGCAGAAAGCUCAUGAAAAAAUCGGUUGUGAAAAGACAAACUUUCGGAGCCGUGGAGGGACCUCAACGGGAAAUCAAAGCCUUUGUUGAAGAAAUUGGGGGCACUGGAUCGAGUGCGCCAGUCAUUUCGUCUUCGUCCUUCUCCGUGAGCGAUUCGAGCAGUCCUACGGUUUUCGUCGGCAUUGUCCCUACCGCUCCUACAGAAGAUGACGAAAAGGACUCAUUUGAUAUCUUGACCGUGCAUCAGGAUGGUUUCGUACGAAGGCUGACGUCUGACCUUAAGACUCAGCGGUGGUGUGUCAACCAUAGCGAGAUCGCGAAGAUCCGCUCAACUCACGAAGUCAAUUCCUGCUUUCUGGUGGACUUUGACGAUGCGAAGAAAUAUCUAUUCAAAAGAAGACAAGAUCUGGUCGCUCUGGCUCUCGGGGAUUUGACCGACUCUGGAGUAGAUGAGCCUUCAGUGUUGUUGCUUGUGUCACACCCGACCGGUUCGAAGCAGAUCGCUUUGAGUGAUGUUCAGGUUCAGAUAUUUUCUGUUCCAUCGAAUGCACCCACGGAAGGGCGGAUUCUUGACGAAAGCCAGAAGCUGAGACAUCUGCAAACCAUAAGUUUGCCCGACAUCGAUGAGCAUAAGACAUUCGAUAGCAGCUCUCUGCAGUGGUACUUCCAUCCCGGGUCGGCGGGAUUGAAUCUGUCGUUCGAGAAGGGCUUUGUCAACAUUGACAUCUCCCAGUAUGCGCCGACCGUGACAACGCGGUUCAUCCUUGAAGACGAAAGUUUCUCUUCUCUGAUGCGCAUCUCCCCCCAAUCAGUGAUUGCCGCUGGCAAAUCGAUUGUCGCCCUGUUCGACACACAAUAUCAAUCCAUCCAGCGCAGCAUCGCAGUGGACAGUGUCCCUUCUGGUGGCUCCAAGUCGCGGACAGUAUUUGUCAGCUACUUCGCUAAACUUGGUGUCGCCGUUGCGAUCAAAGGGAAUGCUCUUUUUGCAUUUGAUCUGAGCUCGUCGACUAGUUCCCUGCAUUCCUCCCUGAAACGGCCAAGGGAUGGUCUUCUCAUCGAUGCCAUUGGGCGCGGCAUUGGCUCACCCGCCUUCCAAGGGGACGCAUCUUCGAAGAAGAAUCGCACCGAAUACAUGGCAUCGCUAGGUCUUACUUCCCCUGAACAGGUUGGCAAGUGGGAGGAGUUUACACAGAAGGUAGAAAAAUCGUUCAACUCCAAGGAUAGCGCUGCGUUUGAUGACGCGGUCCUCGAUUAUUUCGGAGUCGGCGCUCCCAAGGCUUUGCCUGCACCAGAACACUACGUGAACCCAGAAAUGGUGCUCUUUCUGCUAUCCAAGAUCUUUUCUCUCAGAGAAGCAAGAAGCAAGGACAAGCUGUCGGCUACGUCGGACUCCCGCUUGACCAUUGGCAUCUGGCCGGAGAUGACCUGCAGAUGGCUCAUUCAGCUCGGACACUUUUCUCUCAGCAGUGUUGAGAUUGCUCUGAGACGAGUUCAGAAACCGCAUAUUCUGCCGCCGUUGCCGACGGGGUCAUUUACUCAAGCUGUGAUCGAUUCCGAUCGGUCGCUACAUCACUUCAUUGACGUCCUCCAAGGGUCGGUACUCCUCAAUGCAGACGAGCUCGCCUACGCCCUCAAGGUCUUGCUGACCAUGGCUCGGUCGCAUUCCAUGGUUCUGGAGGAGGCCACCAAGGCUCUGACAAAUGAUGAUGAGAACUCAAAUACCAGCAAGGAGGUUUCCCUGCAGAAUGCCGAGGCAAGCUUGCAAGAUAUCUUCAUAGGGUUCAACACCACGCUGCAGAAGAUUCACAACCAACCAUUCCCCACGAUCGUCAGUUCCUUUCGCUCUGCCCUCUCCAGAUCCGAACUGCUCUCCAUCGUCCAUCAUCUCCGCCUUUGCCUAGCGACUGGAGGGUAUACCUCGCGCUUCACCGAAAACCCACCCAGCCCCUUCUCUCCCGAACAAACUACACCCUCACUUUCCCUCGACACCAUUACAAAUCUGCUGAGCGCCUCCAUCGACGCCAUCGGUCCUUCAGGAUGGAUCUCAGCGGUAGGUCUCGACGACGCCAGCACGAGAGAGCUCGACCUCAUCGCCGACAUGAAGUCUGAGAUCUCCGCUGCGCUUGCGGGAGUCGAGGAAGCCACAUACCUCAAGGGUAUACUCCGCGAAUACCUCCGCUUCACGAACAGCCUCACCCAUCCCUCAGCCAAAGGCAAGACGGGCGAUGUGGCCAAGCAAGCCGGAGAUGAGGAGACGUCUUCCGGGCUCGUCCGGUACGAGAAACUCAACGGGGCAGAUCUGAUGGUGUUUGGACUCCCCGAGGGUGACGAAGGGUAUGACAUUGACGCGAGCGGAAAGAUGCUUCCGCUGUCGCUCAAGGCUCCGACGACGGACGUGAGCAAGACGAAGGUGAAGAAGUCUACGGGAGAGGUAAAGACUCGGAGUAGCCGUGAGAUUGGAUAUCUGCGACGCAAGGCUGCGGGCAAGUACUCCUUUGAGAGGCUUCUUGAGGCUUCGUCUCAAGCGCUGUCAAAUCCGCAUGGUGAAUGGUACGAGAUAUUCGUGAAUGAAUUACUCUCGUCUCGUCUGAAUAUCCGGCUCUUCCACCCGAUGUUACUGGACGCCAUGGUUGGUCAGGAUCUGGGCAGUAGCCCCAAACUGGAGAGUCUCGCAAGCAUCAGCGAGAUUCCUGGAGACACAUCCGCGCCUGCCCCCAAGGAAACCACCAAGAAGACCGAUACGAACGGUCAGCCUGGUGCUAGUACUAAUAUCCCUCCUCCCAAGACUGACAAGCCCCGACCACAUGUCUGUACCACUUGCGGCCGAUCGUUCGCUCGGCUAGAACAUCUGAAGCGCCAUGAGCGGUCGCACACCAAGGAGAAGCCAUUCGAGUGCCCUGACUGCUCCCGUUGUUUUGCUCGCCGGGAUCUUCUUCUGAGACACCAGCAGAAACUCCACAUGACGACGACCCCGUCGUCGCGGCCCAGAAAUGCUCGGAGAGAGAGUACCGGAGCUGCAGGUGCUGGAGCGAAUCGCGUUCGCAAAAACUCCAUUGCCGGCAACUCCAGUAGCAUUCGUCCUCGAGCCAAUACCAUCAGUCACAUUGAUGGAGCUUCUCUAGACAUGGCCAACAACGACCCCAAUCAGUCGGUUGCCGUUGCGGGUCAUCCAGGACACGCUCAUCAUCCAAGCAUCGGUUCGGUAUCAGUGGGUCCGAAUAUCGAUUUUCAUCGCGGUUUCAGCGCAGGUCAUCCCUAUGCCAGCAGCCUUCCGAAACUGGAAACCCAUGGUCUGCCCAUGGAUCUUUCCGGUGGCCUUCGCACUGCGCCUGUUUACGGCAGUUUUGAUCUGAGCAUGGGGGACAUUUUCAUGAACCAUGGCACUACCAUUAAUCCGGCUCAGCUCCACUUCGGUGGUUCUCCACAAGGUUACGGAAAUGACUCGCCGUCAUCCCCGUUCAGUCAUGGCUCUCAUCAGGUGCAACCCCCCACUGAUCCGAUGUUGGAGGAAGACUUUAGCUUCGACUGGAUGAAUGGUUUCGAUCCGUCCAUGCCGUCCCUGGGUCAGAAUAACGACUCCGCGAUCGAUGAGUCAUCCCCAUCCGCCAUGAGCACCGGCAGCCAAAGUGGAAUCAGCGAAGCCGUGAUGGAUGGAACCAAUCGGUUCUCAAUCUCGUCGUCUGGCUGGCAUAACCCUUUCCCGCCACACUCGGCGGCCCCAGCAAACCAGUUCGCCAUCGAUUACUCUCCUCCGACCUUUAAUGAUCUAGGCAUCCCUCCCGAGACCGUGUCACCCAAGUCCUUGAUGGCGCAGAACCCGUUUGCUGAGACCUAUGCAACUCCUCCCUCCAUGACGUCGGUGGGCCAGCCCUUGAUGGCAGGACAUUCGCAGAGUAUGUUUUCAUCCUCUAUGGCAACCAACGGUGAAUCUCCUAAUCCUCUCAACCUGCCUUUCGCGAACAGUGCCCUUCGAACUCACAAUGCCCCAACCUCAACCGAUACCUUUACAGACUCCACACGACAGGCAUUAUUAGCCAGCAUGGCUUUGCCCACAGGUCGCAAUAACCAUCGCAAGUACUCCCAGCCAGCCAACGGAAUGGUGCCCUGUCGCGACCUGUUUUCACGUUCCGCCAACUUCAACGGCACCGGCCAACUCCCCAGCACUCAAGACAUGCAGCGUUAUAUCUCAGCGUACAUCACGUAUUUCCACCCCCAUAUGCCGUUCCUUCAUAUUCCGACACUCAACUUUCAAGCUCCCGAAUACACAAGCAACCUUCGUACUCCCAGCGGCCAUCUGAAUUUGAGCUCUACCGGUGUUGCCGGCGGCGGAGGCUGUCUGAUCCUUUCCAUGGCGGCCAUUGGCGCUCUCUACGAAUUCGACGCCGCCGCCUCGAAAGAUCUUUUUGAAGCGGCGAAGAAGAUGAUCCAACUAUAUCUCGAGGAGCGUCGGAAAGCUGACAUGUCUGCUGCGUUUUCGCGGUCCAAUCCCGCCCGCGAGAAUUCAGUUCACAACACUCCGCUGUGGCUGGUCCAGGCUAUGCUGCUCAACGUCAUCUACGGACAUUCCUGCGGCGAUAAAACGUCAGCGGAUAUCGCAAGCACCCACUGUGCUGCUCUGGUCAGCCUCGCUCGGGCUGCUGGAUUGACCCAUCAUAUCGAUGCCAAAGACCUUCCACAGGACUACCUGAGCGCCCAUUUGAGUGGGAAAGCGGGUACGAGAGGUGCGAGUUUUGAUUCAGAAGACUUCAAUGCCCCAUCAUUCGGGCCGCCGAAGGAGAGAAAAGACUGGUUGGAUUGGAAGAUAGUCGAGGAGCGCAAGCGGACACUCUAUGCGAUUUUCACCCUCUCCUGUUUCCUCGUGUCGGCCUAUAACCACGCCCCCGCGCUUACCAACUCAGAGAUCCGCCUUGACCUGCCGUGCGAGGAGGAUAUCUGGGCGGCCGAGUCCCCCCAGGCAUGGAAGAAAAUGGGUGGGCAUCUGUCGGCGAAGAAAGGCCUGACAUUCUCGUCUACAUUGACCACGCUUCUGACCGCCAGUCAGCGCGAGCAGUCUCCUACGCAACCGCCCUCAACCGAUCCAACAAACGGUGUUUCGACGUCCGAUUCGCCCGGCACUGACUUGAAGCCUAGCACGUUUGGGUGCCUGGUACUCAUUUAUGCUCUUCAUAACUAUAUUUGGGAGACUCGGCAACGGCACAUGGGCCGGCAGUGGACCUCUCGCGAGACAGACGCCAUGCAAGCCCACAUUGAGCCAGCGUUGAGGGCGUGGCAGACUGCGUGGGCCAGCAACCCUGUGCAUAGUCUGGAGCGGCCCAAUCCGUUUGGAGCAGGCCCUCUAUCAGCCGAUAGCAUACCACUGCUGGACCUGGCCUACAUCAGGCUGUUUGUAAAUCUUGGACGGAGCAAGGAGGCUUUCUGGCAGAGAGACUGGAUUGCCAUGUCAGACGAGCUGGCCCGCGGCACCGAAGUGUUCCCGUACUCGGACGACAUUCCCUCGGACGUUUUGGACCCCUCGAUCACUCAAGUGCCAACUGAGUUAGAUCGUCGUCGCGAUUCGGUGGCCGACCUGGGUGUCGCGGAUCUCACUAUCUCGAAGACCCCUACUCAGGAGCAACCAAUGCAGAUCUUGAUGGGUGUCUACCGGCCGGGACAGUCCAAACGCGAGAAGCACUUGCGCAAGGCGGCCUUCUAUGCGGCUGAUUCAAUAACCAUGUCUGAUCAACUCGGGAACACAUUUGCCGAAUUCACGUGCAGGGAACUACCUCUUCAGGCUGCCAUGUGUGCUUUUGACUGUGCGCAAGUACUGGCGGAAUGGAUCACCACCGUUCAAGAGCGCGUUGGUCCUUACUUGGGUGUGCUCGGGCGUGACGAUGUCGAUCUCGCCCAUGCCACGAACGUCAUGUUACUUGAAGAAGAAGAUUGCAAGCUUCUGGACAAGAUCAGGGAGAUUCUAACGAGUGUGGAGAGCAAAAUGCAACGGGACGUGCAGACCAACACCACCGUGUCAGCGCUGAGCGUUCUGCAACGGCUGCCUAGUGUUGUUGAAGGGGGUUAUGGCUGCAAGAUUUUGAUAGCGACAGCAAGCCUCCUUGAUAGGGCUGCAGUCUGGCCAGUGACGAAGUUGAUGGCACGGUCUCUUGAAGCACAAGCUAUGCGGUUGAAAGAGCGAGCUGAGAACUCGGCAAUCGGAGUGCAUUAG